CGCUGAGGGAAGCACGUCCCGCGCUUGUUUUAUUAGGAAAACAUAAACAACAACAACGUGUUUACUGACGUAAAUAACCCGGGAAACUUCGUCCUUGGACUUUCGGGCCGUUGCGUUUUGAAGGUUGCUACUAUGGCUGCUCGACCAGCAGCACCCGUCACUCGCACCAAGAAGCAGAAUCAUGCAAACAUCCCAUGUCCAAUAGAGAACUGCGCAAGAUUUACCUAUGGUAAACUACCAGACCAUCUCACAAAGAUCCAUGGCCUCACGGGAGCUGAAAGAGACGCCCUCAAUGAACAACAACGAAAACGAUUCUUCAACGGUGAACUUUGCCAAGUGCGAUAUCUCAAAGAAUCAGCUAUUCGAGACCUUUGGGGAACAGACUACGAAGAUCCUCGGAUUCGUGCAAAAAUUCACCAGAGUUACAAUCUAGUCAAAAUACGAAUCAUACCUCUUGCUGCUACGCAACGAUCACGGCCACUUACUGAACAAGAUGCAAACGUUCUGACAGCUUACAACGCUAGGACUGCACCAAGACCUGCCCGUGUACAAAAAACAAGAACUCGACCACGGCCUUAUCCAGCUCCAGAAGCCAGUCCAGUAGAACGGCGAGCGUCAAGCGAAUCCAGUGAAGAAGAAAACACGCAGAAUCCUCUUCCACCAUCACCGCCUCCGUCAUCUCCAUCACUUCCACCAUCACCUGCCCCUUAUGAGCUGCAACAAGUAGAAACUCGUUUACGUGACAUAUUCGAUUCGAAAAUCGAUGCCGGAUACAAAGCUGUAAUCGAUGAUAUGAAGAAGUCCAUGACAAUGGGAAGGACGCUGGGAGCACGGAAGCGUAAAGCAUAUAGAACUUAUCGACGCUAUGCAAAGAGAUUGAUUGCCUUCCUUCACCGACAACAUUCGCCUCUCGCGUAUGACGUAGACGUUCUUCUUUGUGGGGAAAGCCAAGUGUGCGCCUUCUUAGAACGUAUCAGUGCUGAGCACAAAACGAAAACUCUGAGGAACUACAUCGUUGCUGCUAUCAAGCUACUGGACUCCCGGCUCUUUGCGAUAGAAACUGAUCCUUCAUGCAAAGAGAAGGUGGCUUCAAUGACCCGUGUAUACGACGUACUGCAUGGCCGCCUGACGGAGUGUGACACACUGCUGGCACAGAAGGAAGCCUGCCAGAAGAAACCGUCGCCAUCGUUCGAAAGUGUAAUGGAACAAAGUUUCAAUGUUUCGUACGAUGAGUUAGUGUAAUAAGUGAAUAGAUUGUACUGACAUUUUUCUAAUUAUACUGAUCCCUGCUCGUAUUUCGUCCCCGCUUUCAUUAGGCUACGAGAUUGAUUAAUAUACCUAAUUUAAUAUUGCUAUAAUAAAAUCUUAUGUGAAUAUUCACCGAUAGAACCAAAAAGCUCUCGAUACUGAUAAAAAUUACUAGAUUUUGGCCUUGAUCGAUUAAUAUGACGAUUGAUAAUUUUAAUUUAAAACUCAAACAAUAUUUACCACUUUAUAUUUCUAUCUUUUAAAAGUGUAUAAAAUCAAUGCAACUUAGCAACUUUUAAUAAAACGUUAAGUUUAAAAAUCAUUGUAAAUACUUGUAUUGAUCUACGUGUGUGAAGCAAUAAGCUUAUAACAUGAAUAGCAAAAUAAUAAUUAAUUAUUAUUAUUAUCUGUGUUAAAUAACGAAAGUUAUACUUUCAAUAGUGCGCAAUAAUUAUGCCAAAUAUUAGAAUUAUUAUUGUAGUAUUUAGAUUUUACCAGCAUUCUAUUAUUACGGUAAUUUACGAGUAAUUCGGUAAUUUACUGUUAAUUUUAAGACUUUGAAGUAUUUUCAUGUAAUGGAUGGAUCUCAUUAGCAUUAUUUUUCGUGUAAAUGUAUGACAUGUACUUACGUAAUUAUAAUUUGUUUACUG